GCCGAGACCCCCGGGCUUCCCAGGCCGGGCGGGGAGGACUGCACCCAGGUCCGACCGCCGCGCCCUAGCGCUGGCUCCUUUGGGAGAAAGACACCUGUAGAAAGUGCCGCCGGGAACUUCUCUCUGCCUAAUCCUCCCGCGAUGACGGAAUCUGGGUUUCGGGUUUGCACAAUAGUGUUGGCUUUGGGGAGCAGAGAAACAGGUGCCCGGCCCGGCUGGGUGCGGGGACACUGCAGCGGAGACGGGGCCCCCGGGUCUCUGACCCCAAGUGCAAGACUCCUGACCGGGAGGUCGGCGAGGCGCGUCUCCGGUUGGCCCUCUGUCCCCGAGCGGCGGCCGGAGCGCGUAACCUCGGCGGCUUAGCCCCUGCCAUCUGGGCCCGUUCCCUCCCAGGCCUUUGUGCCUCCUAAUCCCCGGUCGCAGGAAGCCCGCCGGAGGGACUUCGGUCUCAGGGCCUUUCUCCGCCGGAGGCGGUUUUGGACACCUUUAGGCGGAGACCCGGUCUGUUUUCCACGCCAGCCGGGGCGGGGAUUAUUGCUCUGUGGGACAUUCGGACUUGGCGAGGGGUGGAAAAUUCUGCCUUGCCAAAGAAAGCGUUCAAAGUUUGUUCUUGGUUUGGUCCAGCUGGACGGUUCCUGGACAGAUUGGGCCUUGGCUGUGGAGAGAGCUGAGCGUAACCAGGGGAGCCGCGGUAUGGCCUCCUGAGGCCCUCACCUGAGACAGGGUCACGGAGCUCUGGGGACACAACCAUGAACUAGGUAGGCACAUCUGUCCCCCCUGAAGAUGACAUUUUCUAGAAGCUCCUUGGGACAGCUGUUCAAGUCUGGGGGCAGCCUGUCUCUCCAUCUGAAAUCACUCGGUGUGUACUUAUGAACCCUCAUCUACCCUGAGAGGAGGUCUCCAAGGGGGCUGUGAACGAUAGCAAGAUGAGGCGGUUCCUGCGGUCAGGCCCUGACCCAGAGCGAGAGAGGCUUAAGCGGGAACUCUUCCAGUUCAACAAGACCGUGGAGCAUGGCUUCCCGCACCAGCCCAGCGCCCUCGGCUACAGCCCCUCACUGCGCUUGCUGGCCAUUGGCACUCGCUCUGGAGCCAUCAAGCUCUACGGCGCCCCUGGGGUAGAAUUCAUGGGACUGCAUCGUGAGAACAACGCCGUGGUGCAGAUCCACUUCCUGCUUGGACAGUGCCAGCUGGUCACCCUCUUGGACGACAACAGCCUGCAUCUCUGGAGCCUGAAGGUCAAGGCUGGGGUCUCGGAGCUGCAGGAGGAGGAGAGCUUUACACUGCGCAGCCCCCCGGGGGCCGCCCCCAGUGCCACACAGAUCACUGUGGUCCUGCCACACUCCUCCCGUGAGCUGCUGUACCUGGGCACUGAGAGUGGUGACGUGUUUGUGGUGCAGCUGCCGGCCUUCCGCGCGCUAGAGGACAAGACUGUCAGCUCAGACGCCGUGCUGCAGCGGUUGCCAGAGGAGGCCCGUCACCGGCGGGUGUUUGAGAUGGUGGAGGCCCUGCAGGAGCACCCUCGAGACCCCAAUCAGAUCCUGGUCGGCUAUAGCCGGGGCCUCGUCGUUGUCUGGGACCUGCGGGGCAGCCGUGUGCUCUACCACUUCCUUAGCAGCCAGCAACUGGAGAACGUCUGCUGGCAGCGUGAUGGCUGUCUGAUUGUCAGCUGCCAUUCUGACGGCAGCUACUGCCAGUGGCCCGUGUCUGGUGAUGUCCAGCAACCAGAGCCCUUGCCCAGCUACAUGCCUUACGGUCCCUUUCCUUGCAAAGCUAUUACCAAAAUCUUCUGGCUGACUACCAAGAAGGGGUUGCCCUUCACCAUCUUCCAGGGUGGCAUGCCAAGGGCCAGCUAUGGGGACCGCCACUGCAUCUCGGUGAUCCAUGGCAGCCAGCAGACGGCCUUUGACUUCACCUCCCGUGUCAUUGACUUCACGGUCCUCGCCGAGGCGGACCCCACGGCUGCCUUUGACGACCCCUACGCCCUGGUGGUGCUGGCCGAGGAGGAGCUGGUGGUGAUUGACCUGAAGGUGGCCGGCUGGCCACUAGUGCAGCCACCCUACCUGGCUUCCCUGCACUGCUCCGCCAUCACCUGCUCCCACCACGUCUCCAACAUCCCCCUGAAGCUGUGGGAGCGCGUCAUCACUGCCGGCAGCCGGCAGAGCACGCAGUUCUCCAGCAUGGAGUGGCCCAUUGAUGGGGGCACCAACCUGGCCCCAGCCCCACCCCAGAGGGACCUGCUGCUCACGGGGCAUGAGGACGGCACUGUGCGGUUCUGGGAUGCCUCGGGCGUCUGCUUGCGGCUCCUCUACAAGCUCAGCACCGUACCAGUGUUCCUCACUGAUGCGGACCCCAAUGAGAGCCUCCACACUCAGGGCGAGGAUGAGUGGCCCCCACUACGCAAGGUGGGCUCUUUCGACCCCUACAGUGAUGACCCUCGGCUGGGCAUCCAGAAGAUUUUCCUCUGCAAAUACAGCGGCUACCUGGCUGUGGCGGGCACAGCAGGGCAGGUGCUGGUGCUGGAGCUGAACGACGAGGCUGCGGAGCACACAGUGGAGCAGGUAGAGGCAGACCUGCUGCAGGACCAGGAGGGCUACCGCUGGAAGGGGCACGAACGCCUGUGUGCCCGCCGGGGGCCUGUGCACUUCGAACCCGGCUUCCAGCCUUUUGUGCUGGUGCAGUGCCAGCCCCCGGCCGUUGUCACCUCCCUGGCCCUACAUUCCGAGUGGCGGCUCGUGGCCUUUGGCACCAGCCAUGGCUUCGGCCUCGUCGACCACCAGCAGCGGCGGCAGGUCUUUGUCAAGUGCACGCUGCAUCCCAGUGACCAGCUGGCCUUGGAGGGCCCCCUGUCCCGUGUGAAGUCCCUGAAGAAAUCCCUGCGCCAGUCAUUCCGCCGGAUACGCCGCAGCAGGGCAUCCACCCGGAAGCGGCGGCCAGCUGGCCUCCCAGGAGAGGUGCCAGAGGCCAAGACAGAGCGCGCUGGCCUGCAGAACAUGGAGCUGGCACCUGUGCAGCGCAAGAUCGAGGCCCGCUCGGCCGAGGACUCCUUCACCGGCUUUGUCCGCACCCUCUACUUUGCCGACACCUACCUGAGGGACAGCUCCCGCCACUGCCCGUCACUGUGGGCUGGCACCAAUGGCGGUACUGUCUACGCCUUCUCCCUGCGCGUGCCCCCUGCCGAGCGGAGGAUGGAUGAGCCCGUGCGGGCAGAGCAGACCAAGGAGAUCCAGCUGAUGCACCGUGCACCUGUGGUGGGCAUCCUAGUGCUGGACGGACACAGCGUGCCCCUUCCAGAGCCCCUGGAGGUGGCCCACGACCUGUCAAAGAGCCCAGACAUGCAAGGAAGUCACCAGCUACUGGUUGUGUCGGAGGAGCAGUUCAAGGUGUUUACACUACCCAAGGUCAGUGCCAAGCUGAAGCUGAAGCUGACGGCCCUGGAGGGCUCGCGGGUGCGGCGGGUCAGCGUGGCCCACUUCGGCAGCUGUCGAACUGAGGAUUAUGGGGAGCAUCACCUGGCUGUCCUCACCAACCUGGGCGACGUCCAGGUGGUCUCGCUGCCCCUGCUCAAGCCCCAGGUGCGCUUCAGCUGCAUCCGCCGGGAGGAUGUUAGUGGCAUCGCCUCCUGUGUCUUCACCAAAUAUGGCCAAGGUUUCUACCUGAUCUCCCCCUCGGAGUUUGAGCGCUUCUCUCUCUCCACUAAGUGGCUGGUUGAGCCCCGGUGUCUGGUGGAAUCAGCAGAAACCAAGAACCACAGUUGCCCCCACAAUGGGGCGGGCCAUGAGAAGGCUGUGGGCCGAGCCAGGAACUCAGGGAGCCAGAGUGAUGGAGAGGAGAGGAUGCCAGGCCCCGUGAUGGAGCACGCGCUGCUCAAUGACGAGAGAGUGCUGAAGGAGAUCCAGAGCACACUGGAGGGAGACCGAGCGAGCUAUGGGGAUUGGCAUUCCCGGAGAAUGGCGGUGGGGUACAGCCUCAGCAAUGGAGGAGCAGAGUGAACAAGGGGGCGUCCACAGCGUUCAGUGAACACACACUACUGAGGGCCCGUCCUGGGGCACUGCCCCCACCUGGACAGGCCGAGGACUAGGCCGUGCCGGGACACCCCAGGUCCCACCCUGCUGCUGCUGCUCCUGGCCUCCAGAGAAGAGAGAUCCCAGGCCCUGGGGCCGCCCCUUCUGGGGCCCGUCUGUCUCAGUCCUUUUGUCAAUGUUGCACAGUUUUUAUUCCUCCUCUUCCCUUUUUGUAGUGGGCUGGGUUUUAAAUUAUAAAAUUUAACUGCCUCUGGGUGGAAAAGAGUUUUUAAUAAACACAUUAUUACCUCUUUAUUGGACUGGUCCAAUGAUGGUAGUUUUUCAUGGUGUAGAAAUGUCCCUAUGGAUGGAAAUGAUCGCCAGCCAGGGCCUUGCCUUGCCCCCGAUCUGCUCCCAGACCAGGUCGGUGCUCAGGAGAAUCUCAUUGUCAAGCCAUUUGAAUCAGAGUGGACUGUACCUAACUGUAUCUGAACACCGCUGCGCCUUCUGUCUUCAGGAAUAAAUGGCAAGAGUUAACCAUCCUGAGUCUGUCUGACUUGUAUCCCUGGAGGGAGGAAAGGAAGGGCCCUCGCUACCCCUGCUGGCCUUUUCCUGUUGUCAUGACAGGAGGAGGCCCCAAAUAUCUCACACCUGGU